CACUCCUGCCCACCAGAGACCAGUUAAAUCCUCAAGAAAACUGCAAACACGCACCAGAGCAGUCGCCUAAUCCAAUUGAUAGGCACCAACAACAGAAGUGAAAACCGGAGGAACUACUGGACACUGCCGCGGACAACUUGUGUUUUGAUUUGUCUUUGAAAUCGCUUUAGUUGUGCGGCACUUUUUUUUAAAUCUUGGUGAUAUCAGAGUGGUUUUAAGAACAAGAAGCGCCAUCCUUCAGACAACUUCGCCGUUUGAUAUUCCGAAAGAAUGAGGCAGUGUAAAGGUUGGAGUGCAGUGCUACUGGUGCUUUUGGGGCUGGGAGCCGUGGCCCAGAAGCUGCCCACGAGAGACGAAGGGCUCUUCCAGAUGCAGAUCAGAGACAAGACGCUGUUCCACGACUCCUCCGUCAUCCCGGAUGGAGCUGAGAUCAGUGGCUACCUCUUCAGGGACACACCUAAAAGGUACUACUUUGUGGUGGAAGAAGACAACACACCCCUGUCUGUGACCGUGACACCUUGUGAUGCUCCUCUGGAGUGGAAACUCACUCUGCAGGAGCUGCCAGAAGAGGCCAGCGGAGAGGGAUCAGGAGAGCCUGAACCUCUGGACCAGCAGAAACAGCAGGUGACCGUAGACGAAGGGACGGAGCUCUUCGCCUACAAGGGUAACGAUGUGGAGUCCUACAUAGCCACCAGCACGUCCUCUGGCCUCUACCAACUGGAGCUUCUGUCCACAGAGAAAGACAGCAACUUUAAGGUGUACGCCACCACAACUCCAGAGUCUGACCAGCCAUACCCGGAGCUGCCCUACGACCCUCGUGUGGAUGUGACCGCCCUGGGCCGUACCACUGUCACCCUGGCCUGGAAGCCUACGCCUACAGGCUCGCUGAUGGGCCAGCCUGUCCAGUAUUGCGUAGUAAUCAACAAGGAGCACAAUUUCAAGAGCAUGUGUGCUGCCGAAGCUAAGAUCGGCGCUGAUGAUGUCUUCAUGCUGGCUCCAAAGCCCGGCAGAGACUUUAGCCCGUUUGACUUUAUGCACUUUGGCUUUGUUCCCUCUGACAAUGGUUUUGGCAAGGAUCGAGGCCUCACAAGUAACAAGAUCUCACGGGCAUACACGGCCAAGCCCAGAGCAUCAGACAUUCAGAAAGUGUGUAUUGGCAAUAAAAAUAUUUUCACCGUGUCAGAGCUUAAACCAGACACACAGUACUACUUUGAUGUGUUUGCUGUGAAUUCUGCCACCAACACCAGCACAGCAUAUGUGGGAACUUUCGCCCGCACUAAGGAGGAAGCUCGUCAGAAGACAGUAGAACUGAAAGACGGCAAAGUAUCGGAUGUUUUCAUCAAGAGAAAAGGCAGCAAGUUUCUGCGUUUCGCUCCCGUGUCUUCCCAUCAGAGGUUCACUCUGUUUGUUCACACUUGCCUGGACGCCGUGCAGGUACAGGUGAGGCGCGAUGGUAAGCUGCUGCUCUCUCAGAAUGUUGAGGGCGUUCGGCAGUUCCAAUUGCGGGGAAAGCCAAAAGCCAAGUACCUGAUCCGCUUGCGGGGUAGCAGGAAAGGAGCCUCCACUUUGAAGGUGCUAGCCACCACACGACCCAGCAGCAAGCAGCCUUUUCCUUCACUUCCAGAGGAUACACGCAUCAAGGCCUUUGACAAGCUGCGCACCUGCUCCUCCGUCACCGUGGCCUGGCUUGGCACACAGGACCGCAACAAAUACUGCAUUUACCGUAAGGAGGUGGCUGAUAAUUAUGGCGAGGAGCAGAGACGUCGGGAACAAAACCAGUGUGCUGGGCCAGAGACCCGCAGAAAGUCAGAAAAGGUCAUGUGCAAGUACUUCCACAGCCCAAACCUGCAGAAAGCUGUGACCACAGAGACCGUCACAGGUCUGGAGCCAGGCAAGACCUACCUGCUGGACGUUUACGUGGUGGGACACAGUGGUCACUCAGUGAAAUACCAGAGCAAACUGGUGAAAACAAGGAAAUACUGCUAAAUGACUCUGUAAAGAAUAAAUCUAUUAUAAAUAUAUAUAUUAAAUAAGUUUAUUUAACUCUAAGUGAUAUUCUACUAAGGAGUGUAUACAGACUGACUACUCACACAGCUGAUGGGCCUGUGGCAGUGACUGAACUGUUUGUAGAGAGAGAUAUCAACCUGUAUAUUUAUGUUUACAUUUCAUUGUGGCGCGUCUGGGUGGCCCAUAGCGGCCCACGAGCUGCUUUGUUACCAGGCUUGUCGUCUUGAUCUUAUGUUGCCACUGGGGAGGCAGAACUUCAAGGAGGAUCAUCUUUCAUAUUUCAUGUUUGUUUCUUUGUUGCUGCAUGACAUUUGCUUUUGUCUGUCAUUUGUCUGUUCCUUCAGUUUUAAAAUCACGUUGACUGGAGGAGAUACAGUAGCCGCCUGUAUUGUAUAAAUCUCUCACUGCAUAUUCACUACAUGUUUUAGGAAGAAUUUAAAUUAUUUUAUACUUUUCGUCUCUCUUUUUGGUUGUCUGUUUUUAUUGAUGACAAUAAUAACUGUUAUGAGAAAAUUCCAGUUUUAUGAGGAAGCUGUCGUAGUUCAGACAUUCCCUUACGUAUCUCAGCCAGUGUUUGCUCUAGAGCCCAUCUUGUAUAUGUGUUCUGUGCUGGAGAUCUGUGUUAUUAUCACUAUAUCGCUGUGUGUGUGUGUGUGUGUGUGUGUCACAUGUACAGAGUUGUCCUGCCAAUAUUCAUGUACAUAAACACUAAAUAUAGAACGAGUAAUCCCUGUGUCACCCCGGGUGUCAUGUUCUUUUGCCAAACAGUUAACAUCACAGUCAUGGCGCCGUGAUGAAAGAGCACACUGCGUAUUGUGUUUAUAGACUCAGACACCUAUAUUAGGGUUGCAUAUAAGCAGGACUUGAUACUAGAAGUGAUUUGAAAUGAUAACUUAAAUGAUUUAUGACAAGAAAAGAUCAACAGAGGAUGAGUUAUUCACUGGAAAUAACCUUUAAGACUUCUUUUUCCAGAUCACAUAAGUGGUGACUAUAGCUCCACUAGAAAAAUAUUACCUCUUGGCACCAUCGUUUGCUGUCAAAUCAGUGUCUCAUACAUGUACAGUAAUAAAUCAGUGCAUUCUUUUGAGUGCAUUUCUUUAUCUCUGCUUGAGAACAAUUAUGAUUUUUAUGGUGAGGAUUUAUUUUUUUAAGUGGCCUACUUAGAACUGCUCUUGCACAAGAAACUUAGAAUACGUAUGUUUUAGCUCUGUACAGCUCUGAGAGUGUAGACCAUCUGUUUCACAUGGUCCCCUUGUAAUCUUUGUUUCUGUAUUAAAACAGUCACUAGUAGUUAUAUGAUGUUGCUGCUCUGUACAUGAUGAUGAAAUACAAAUUUUGCUACACAGGAUGUUAUCGAUUUGGAAAUGUGCUUGUCAUACAUGAAAUGAUGUAUGAUCUCAGUAUCAUAAUGGGCAGAGGAACAGGUCUGAUAAAAGUCAGAUCUCUGAUUUAAGAUUCACGGUCCACAAUAUUGAAAUAACUCUUACUGUGAUUGGCUGAUAUAAUUUGUGUCAAACAUAACAAAUAUUUUUUUUGUGUUUAGCUUCUUUUUAUGAAAGUUAAAGUCAUAUAGUUUAAUUUUUGAGAAAAGAAAUAAGAUAAUCUGACUUUUACAAAUUAAAAGUUGAAUUUCUAAGCAAUAAAACACAGCCUUGCUCAUGUCAGUAUACUCAAGGGUUUUGCUGCUACAGCCUUACUUAGUCUGAUUAUGACUAGUAGCCUAUGGUAGCUAAUGAAAUUGAUGCUGCUGAACCAGUUUGCUGACUAAUAAGUCUUUAAUUGUGCUAAUGCCAAACAAUGCUAUAGCCUUUUACGGACAAACAUUUUAAAAAACACAGUAUAUUUACUCAUUGUUUUACUUUUGCGAUGAAACCACUGGAAUUGGUAUUUCAAGAAUGUUAGCUCAAGAGUAACAAAGUCAGCAAACUAAUUCAUCAGCUACAGUAAUAUCAAUAUAAUUUUUGCUUACAUUAGCUAACAUUAGCAACCAUAAGUUACUGGUCAUACCAGACCAAGUGAGACUGUAGCAGUAAAACCCUUGAAUGUAUUGAGAUAAGUAAUGGUGUGUUUUAUUUCUUAUGAAUUCAACUUUUCAUAUGUAAGAGUAAGACUUAGUUAUUUCAUAGUAAACUUACAUAGUCUUGCUUUAAAGCAAAUAAGCUAGAAUAAUACACUAAUCAAAAUAGCACAUUUAUUGCAUGAGUUUUGGAUAACUUGAAAUGACACCAUUUCAAAAAUAAAAAAAAAGGUGAUAUUGAACAGGCCACAAUCUCUACAGCAAUCUUUCUGUUCACCUACCCUUAUGUUGUUUUAAGUGCAUACACUUAAAAAAACAGGCACCAAAUUUGGGAGAAUUGGGUGACUUGCAAUACUAUUUAACCAUUAGACACAGUUAACCACAAAUAAGCAAAGAGAAAAGCCAGACACACAUCAGUGCACAUAUCCACACGUUCCAAUUAAGAGUAGUCUCAGGUGAAUGGAAAUGCUCUCUCUGUUGUGGCUGGGAAAAGCAGCUGUUGCUCGUGAAUUGCAAUGU